CCCGGAGGGCUGGCCAUGCUGAAAGCAAGUCCUGCAUCCUCCAGGCCUCUCCUCUUCCUCUUCCUCCUCUUCCUUGGUGUCUCCCCGCAAUGCCACAAGGCCACGGAGGAUGAAUGCCAGGAACAUAAGGACUUCGUCCCUGGGCACAGCUUGGCCGGCGAGGGCAUCGACAUCACCACUCUGGAGAGGAAAGGGGCAAAGGUCCUGGAUAUGGACCAGUGGCAGAGGCCGGACGGGAGCUGCACCUUGUGCCAGAACCCCCUGCUGGAGGGGAAGCCACUCCAGAGGCUCCCGGUGGCUGCCGUCGACUGGGAAGCCAAAACCUCGUGCCAAAGGAGUGUGCAUGCCUCCUUGCAGGAGUCUGGCAUCUCUCUGGUCCUGGCAGAAGGAUCCGACGUGAAGAACGACUGGAAGGCAGGGCUGGAGGUGGAGGUGAAGCCCAAGGCCCAGGCCCAGGUGGCUCUGGCAGGAUCCCGCUCCAAGAUGGCUGAAUUCAGCCGGGAGAAGAGCUCUCAGGACAAGUACAGUUUUGCGAGCCAUGAGGUCUCCUGCUCCUACUACAGCUUCCGCGUUGGCCAUUACUUGCCGCAGAGCAGCCAUUUCAAAUACGCCGUGAAGACCCUUCCCAAAAAGUACCGGCCUGACUCCCGGCUGGAAUACCGCCAGCUGAUCCAAACCUACGGGACCCAUUUCAUACAGCAGAUUCACUUGGGGGGCCGCGUGAGGGACGUGACGGCCGUGCGGGUGUGCGAGGCAGCGCUGGACGGGGCGACCACGGACGAGGUCAAGGAUUGCCUCAGCCUGGAGGCCGCCGCCAGCCUCGGCAAAGUCAAGAUGGACGCCACCUUCCAGAAGUGUGAGGAGCUGAGGAAGAAGGGGAAUUUCAAGGGCUCUUUCCACCAGACGUACAGCGAGCGGCAGACGGAGAUUGUGGGCGGGAACAGCCAGGCGGACGUGCUCUUCUGCGAUGGGCAGAGCACGGAGCCCUUCAAGGACUGGUUGGAAAGCCUCAAAUCCUUCCCCGGCUUGGUCUCCUACUCCCUGAUGCCCAUCCACACCUUGGUGACCAAGGGGGACCCAAAGAGAGAGGGUUUGCGGCAGGCGCUGAGCGAUUACGUGAGAGAACGGGCGCUGUGGAGGAACUGCUCCCAGGCUUGCCCACCAGGGACGCGGCGCAGCGCCCGGGACGCCUGCUCGUGCGUCUGUGCCAGUGGCGGCACCACCAAUGCCAUGUGUUGCUCGCGAGCGCGAGGCCGGGGCAAGCUGACAGUGACGAUUGUGCACGCCAGGAACUUGUGGGGAGACCACUGGUCACGGACCGACGCCUUCGUCAAGGUCUUCUACAACGACAGGGAGAUGCGCACUCCCACCAUUUGGAACAACGACAACCCAGAAUGGAAGGUCCACUUGGAUGUGGGGGACAUCCAAGUCUUGGGGGAGACCAGCAAGGUGCGGGUACAGGUCUGGGACGAAGACAACAGAUGGGAUGACGACCUGCUGGGGUCGUGCGACGAACCCCUGCAAGCUGGGAAACCGCAAAAGAAAAUCUGUUAUCUUAAUCAUGGGAGCCUGGAAUACAAAUACCACUUGGAGUGCGGCCCCUUUCUGGGAGGUCCCUACUGCCUGGAUUACGUCCCUCAGAAGCCGAACUAUGUAGGUGACUUGUUGCAAUGGAAUGGCUAAGUGGACACCGUCAAGCAAAGGGCUCCUUGAGACGGUGGGCCCAAUGGAUUUCUCCCUCAAGCAUGGAGGACCCCGGUUUUUUAAUGCUCAAUGUUUUAUUAUGCUUUUGUAUAUGCUGGAAGCAACCCAGUCAGGUGGACAGGGUACAAAUAAUAAAU